UUUUGACAUUCAUUCUUUGGACUUUCAAAGAGGAAAAAAAUAAUCGAAUUCAUCAAGCAUUUGAAUAAAUCAAAAUUUAAGUUAACACCAAGACGGAGUAAAUGUGAUAGAGAGGUCGACCUGAAGUUUAAAUUACAAACAUGACAUUCCUGAAUUACAUUUUUUCACCCCGUCUAUUUAAAGUGUACGGAGAUGGGAAUUUACAGAAAUUCUAUGAACCAGGCGGACUGGAGAAGUGGGGAGACCAGAUUAUAUAUACGUUAUCGUUGAUGUGGAACAUUACUUUCUACACGUCACCACUAAUGCUGACUUUCCUCUACCGACGCGGAUACUUUGUUGCGGAGUCUGUGUCGUCAUUUGCCAAAAUUUCAACGGGCAUUGGUCUACUCGUCGUCAUAUCGUUGUGUAUGCGAGGCAUUGGUCGCUCACAAACGAAGAUCUAUUCGAAAUUCCUUAAGUCUUUGGAAGCAGCCAAAGCGAACGCAAAGAACGAAGACUUGAAAAAUCAGCUGCGAUUGUUUGAUUUCGAGUUUAAAGACUGGCCCGUUGAUUUCUCUGCUAAGGAAUCGAAUGGUGAAAAGAAGGCAUCGAAAGUGGUUACAUCCAUCCGCAACAAGCCAUUUUGGCUAUCGUCGUUACCAUGUGAAGUUGCGGCUUAUCUUGCUGUACACUCGUUUGGCUUACGAAUGAUUUAUCCGGGAUCGGUUAAGCUCAUUCAAAGUUACUUGCACCCAAUGCUUGUACAGGGCAGAGCAAAAUUGAUUGAGCAAGACAAUGCAAAACGGUACAAAUUGUUGACCAAAGACAAUAACGAAGUCGACUCAAUUUUUGUGGACAACCGCGGUGUUAACGCUAAUGGAAAGACGUUGGUCAUAUGUUCAGAAGGCAAUGCAGGCUUUUAUGAAAUUGGAAUUAUGGUAACGCCAAUGGCUUUGAAAUACUCGGUCUUGGGUUGGAAUCAUCCCGGUUUUGGCGGCAGUACGGGUCUACCCUUCCCCGACCAAGAUCAAAAUGCAAUGGAUGCAGUGGUUCAAUUUGCUAUAAAUAAACUCGGCUUCUUGCCGGAAAAUAUCAUAAUGUUUGGUUGGUCAAUUGGCGGCUAUUCUUCGUUGUGGGCAUCGACACAAUAUCCCGACAUUAGAGGAUGUGUUUUGGAUGCCACAUUCGACGAUGUGCUUCACCUGGCUCUACCACGGAUGCCUGAGAGUCUCUCUGGGGUAGUUCGCAUCGCGAUUCGCCAAUAUGUAAAUUUGCAUAAUUCCGAACUGCUGAGUAACUACAGUGGACCUGUUUUGAUGAUACGACGAACGGAAGACGAAGUUAUAUCAGAAAAUAUGGACGUGGCUACGAAUCGUGGCAAUAAUCUUGUCAUUAAUAUGCUGAAGUGCCGGUUUCCGAACAUUUUCAAAUCCGAUCAAAUCAGCCACAUCAACAAAAAGCUUUCCCGCCCAAUCGAAAAGACGACUGAUAACAGCACUGAUCAACUGUGUUUGUCAUUAUUAUCGUCAUAUGUCUCUGAAAAUGGUCGAUCAUAUCCGGUAGAAAUUGGCGAAAAUUAUACUGAAGAGCAGAGAAAUCAAAUGGCUGAAUAUUUGGUUUACAAACACUUGCUAGACUACAAAUCGAGCCAUUGCACCCCACUACCGGUUGAGUAUUUUCAAUUUCCAUGGACAUUACCAUUGCCCGACGACGACACAGAUUUCGUAUUUACUUAAAGCAUUUCUUUCAUCGCAUUUCUUUGUACGAAUGGUGUAACUUCUGUUGGUUUUUAUUAAAAUGCCUACUUUAGAUACGCCUGCAAUUUUGCCGGGUGAUUCUAAUAUUUAGUUGUAAUAAGUACUGAAAUAAUUUCAACAAUUUGUUUGCUAGGAUUACAAGAGUUUUCUAAUAUUUAUUUGUUUCUCUUUGAUUUUGUACGAUGCGAUAGAUAAGUUGCAAAUAAAAUGGAUGAUUAACUGACAAUUGAU